CCACCCGCAUACUCACCUGUUGAUAUGUAUCAGAUGCAUAUUUAGAGAGAGAGACAGAGAGAGGGAGAGAGAGACGAGGGUCACGGGUACGCGUGGAAUUUGUGAAUGCCUUCUUCUUUCUUUCGAUUCUUACCGAUCGUGUCGCUCUGAACUUUGAACAAUUCUUCUAAUUUUCACUAUCAAUUCUAGGUUUAGGGUUUUCCUUUGAUCGGUUCAGUGUAACUCUCUACAAAGGCUUUUUUUCGGCUUUCCUGGACCGCUGCUCUUCGACUGGUCUCUGAGGGUUUACUUUAAGCUAUGGAGUCUAGUAUAGUGAUCAAGGUUAAGUAUGGAGAAACUCUUAGACGCUUCAAUGCUCGGGUUUUUAAUGGAGAACUUGUUCUUGAUAUGGAUGGAUUGAAAGAGAAGGUCCUUGGUCUCUUCAAUUUUGCUUCUGAUGGUGACCUAACUCUUACAUAUAUUGAUGGAGAUGGCGAUAUAGUAACUCUUGUUGAUGAUGAGGAUCUGCGGGAUGCGAUGAGGCAAUCCCUGAAUCCCCUGAGGAUAGCUGUGAGGCUGAAUACUGAAAAGACCGACCGAUCUUAUACCAGAUCAAAUGGAAGUUCUACUUCUACCCCCAGGAGAUCACCUCGAGUGCAGCACCCUAAACCAAACUUGAACGCCAGUGUUUCUGAAAUUUUAAAAUCCGUGCCAGAGCCUUUUCGUGAAGCAGUCUCAAAGCUCUCAAUUGGCUUGGCAUCUAAAGCUACAUCCACUGCACCGUGCCUUGUUGAGCUUGUUGACAGUUUAUCAAAGAUGGGAUUGUCCCACCUGAAUCCUGCUUAUGAGUUCCAGACUGGUACUGAAUAUAGCACAUCGAGUGGAGCUUCGGAAAAGACCAUGGGUGAAUUGGUGUCUAUAGGUCCAAAAGUUUCAAAGGUAGAUGAGAGCAAUUCAGAGGUGUUGCCAAGUGCUAAAGCUGAGAUGCCAAUUUCUGAAAACAAUCAGUUGUUGCCAUGUACCAAGUCUGAACAGCCAACUGUGGAAAACAAUAAGAUUGACCUUGAAAACACAGCCAGAAGUGUGGAGGCCACACCUACACCAGCCUCUAAUGCGGGCACGACAGUUACACCAUGCACUGGUUCCUUGAAUCUUAAUGGCGGCCUCUCUUCUCUUUUUGGAAGUGCAUCUGCGAAUCCUGCCCCAGGCACAUCUUCUGUGUCUGCUGGUAAUGACAUGACAGAGGUCCUUUGUGCUUCUUCUGUGGGGAGCAAGUCAAAGGUGAAAAAGUUGGCUGAAUAUCAUUCAAGUGGGAAUUCUGAUGCUCUUGCAUUUGUGGAUGGCCUGCCAGGUGCUACUAAAGCUCCUGCUAGUGACAAAAAUGAGAUUAAGAAGACAAGUGAAGAUCAUCCCAAACAAAAGCUUGUCGGUGUUGGUGCUUCCUCUGGUUCUUAUAAUUUUAUGAAGGAUUCUAGUGGUGUUGGAGCUUCCUCUGGUUCUUAUAAUUUUAUGAAGGAUUUUAGUGGAGAUUCCCCGAAUGCAGAUUUGUGGGGUGGUGUAAGCAUUAAAUGUGGUGAUGGUUGGGGGAACUCUUAUGCAUCACAUGUUGACCCCAAUCCUAAGGACCAGCGCCCUUUUUCUGGGAUGCCUUUAGCACAUGACUCUGUGUUGCCUCCCUGUCAGCGUGCUCCUCAUUUGGUCCGAUUCAAAAGGAGCUAUAACCAUAGUGAUGGCCUUGGCAGUACUUUCCACGGAGGCGUUGGUUGUGAUGGCUGUGGGGUUCAUCCGAUAACUGGACCGCGAUUCAAGUCUAAAGUAAAAGAAGAUUAUGACCUGUGCAGCAUCUGCUUUGCACAAAUGGGAAAUGAUGCUGAUUACACCCAAAUUGACCGUCCUUUGACUUACGGGCAUCCCUUAUCUUUCAAGGGUUUAUAUGAUUAUCAUCAUUCAAGGAUGCGUCCUACCACCUUACCGCAGGACUUGAGAGGUUGUGUAAUGAAACCAAGUGGUGCCAAGCUAGACAGUUGUUUUAUUCAGGAUGUCAAUGUCCUGGAUGGUACUAUUAUGGCCCCAGCAAGUUCAUUUACUAAGAUUUGGCGGAUGAGGAACAAUGGUACUAUUGUGUGGCCCCAGGGAACACAGCUCGUGUGGAUUGGGGGAGAUAGAUUAAGCGAUGCACUGACUGUGGAGAUUGCUGCUGAUGGUUUGCCUGUGGAUAAUGAGGUUGAUAUUGCAGUUGAUUUUACUGCUCCCCAACUUCCUGGCAGGUACAUCUCAUACUGGAGGAUGGCCUCACCAUCUGGCCAUAAGUUUGGGCAACGGAUUUGGGUUCUCAUACAGGUUGAAGCUUCUUUCAAAGACCUCGUCUGUGGAAACUUUCAUGGCUUGAACCUAAAUAUGCCUCCUGAGAGCUAUGGCAUAACAGGUCCGGAAACUAUAAAUAUCAAUGUGGAGCCCAAGGCUAAGGACAACCUGCCUGAGCCUAGCAACUUUAACAGUAUCACUGAAUUUGUAGAACCAAUAGAUGAUGCACACCCAAACAAGGAGCAGGAACCGAAUUUCCCCGUUAAUGAUACUUUGCUAGUUGGUGGUGUAUCUGUCCCUGUGCCUCCUCAGCCUUCUUCAUUGGUUUCAACUUCAUAUCCCAUCAUUGAUUCUUCUGAAGUACCAGCUGUGCCUUCCCCUGCACCAUCCCAGAGGCAGUCUUCGUCGUUGGCUUCAAUUACUUAUCCCAUCAUUGACUUUCCUGAAGCACCAGCUGUGCCUUCCCCUGCACCAUCCCAGAGGCAGCCUUCUUCGUUGGCUUCAAUUACGAAUCCCAUCUUUGAUUUUCCUGAAGCACCAGCUGUGCCAUCCCCCGCUAUGGCUGCACAUGCGUAUGCUAAAGAGGCUGGUGAAAGCAAUGAUGUUGAGCAGACACUUCUUAGGGAACUAGAGGAGAUGGGUUUCAGGCAUGUUGAUUUGAACAAGGAGAUAUUGAGGGCCAACGGAUAUGACAUGGAGCGAUCAGUGGAUGAUCUCUGUGGUGAUGCUGAAUGGGAUCCUGUCCUUAAGGAGUUGCAGGAGAUGGGAUUCGGUAAUGAAGAGAGGAACAUGAGGCUGCUGAAGAAGAACAAUGGGAGUAUUAAGCGUGUGGUCAUGGAUCUUCUUAAUGGAGAGGUGGUGUAGUUUAAUAAUCUUCCAAUCGCCAUGGCUAGAAGCUACUAUAAAUAAGUGUAGGGUAGCAGAAACAUUAUGAAACCUUUCUGGUUUUCUGAUGUGUAUUGGGGUAUUCUAGUAUCUUGGUUGCAGAACCAUUGAAUCUGAAGCAGUGUGCUUUGCACAGCAUUCAGUAGCUAUAAUAACGCAGAUAUUGACUUUUAUCCUCUCUGUUUUGUGGUUUUAAGUUGUGUGGAUUCUGUUGUUGUAGGGGCUCAGAUGUUUGGCUGUGGUUGGUUUUUUGUGUUGCUUUGGUCUAAUGAUGUGCGGUGAUAUAGUCUAAUAAUGUUAUUGUGAUUGUAACUUUUAGACUACUUUAUCGGGACUCUAUCACUUGACAUAUCAUUAUGUUAUUUUUUAUUUCGAAUGGCAUUACUCUUGUUAAUAUUGACCCAAUGCAUUAG